ACAACCUUUCCUACCCAUAACUGCAGCCACAGCGAGCUCCGCCCUGCGCCCCAGGGCUCAGGCGGCCAGCUCCGCCUUUGCUGGCUACCCAGUGGGCCUGGCUGGGCCAGGCCAGGUAUAAAGUCGCUGGAGCUCUGCAGGCAGCACCACCAAGUCUCCCAAAACCUUGGCCCAACCAGAGCCGCCCGGACUAACAGCAGCCCAGCCGUCCCCGCACCGCGGGAGCCAUGACUGCCAGAAAAGCUCUGAUUGUACUGGCUCAUGAAGAGAAGACGUCCUUCAACUAUGCCAUGAAGGAGGCUGCUGUCGAGGCUUUGAAGAGGAAAGGCUGGGAGGUCACCGUGUCGGACCUGUACGCCAUGAACUUCAAUCCCGUCAUCUCCAGAAAGGACAUCACAGGUAAACCGAAGGACCCUGAGAACUUUAAGUACCCUGCUGAGUCCGUUUUAGCUUAUAAAGAAGGCCGUCUGAGCCCAGAUAUUGUGGCCGAACAAAAGAAGCUGGAAGCUGCAGACCUUGUGAUUUUUCAGUUCCCACUGCAGUGGUUUGGAGUCCCUGCUAUCCUGAAAGGCUGGUUUGAGCGAGUGUUCAUUGGGGAGUUUGCUUACUCAUAUGCUGCCAUGUAUGACAAGGGACCUUUCCGGAAUAAGAAGGCUGUGCUUUCCAUCACCACUGGGGGCAGUGGCUCCAUGUACUCGCUGCAGGGUGUCCAUGGGGACAUGAAUGUCCUUCUCUGGCCAAUUCAGAGUGGCAUUCUGCAUUUCUGUGGCUUCCAAGUCUUGGAACCUCAACUGAUCUAUGGUGUUGGGCACAUUCCCGCGGAUGCCCGAAUUCAGACCCUGGAAGGAUGGAAGAAACGCCUGGCGACUAUCUGGGAUGAGACGCCACUGUAUUUUCCUCCAAGUAGUUUCUUUGACCUAAACUUCCAGGCAGGAUUCUUAAUGAAAAAGGAGGUGCAGGAAGAGCACAAAAACAAGAAAUCUGGUCUUUCUGUGGGCCAUCACUUGGGCAAGUCCAUCCCGACUGACAACCAGAUCAAAGCCAGAAAAUAAGGUUCACAAGACUUGAUCUUUUAAAAUGUAGCCAAAUAUAGGUCUUUUUUUCAGGCUUCCAUGAUUUGCUUUAGUUUUUAGGAUUUGUGUUUUUCUUUUUCCAUGAAGAAUGAAUAGGAGAAAGAAUAGGCUGUUUUUAUACAUUUUUGGAUAGUUUUAUUAAACAUAGUUGAUUCUUACAAUUGCUAUCAUGGUAAAAUCUGAUUCAGCUCAAGAGGCAGCUUAAGAGGUAAAGCAGGGAAAGUUAUAGAAAGAAGCCAGACAAUAUUCUCCAAGGUCUUUACGCAACUUAAUCCUUCUUUUUAGGGAUACAUUUUUAGAGCUAAAUCUGGCUAGAAAGCAUCCAACUCUUCCUUCAGUGAUCUGUUUUCCUUGUAACUGCUUCUCUGUAGUUUAUGGCAGAAGGGAACUGCCUAGAGGAAGAAAUGACCGAGCUUGUCUGACCUAAGGGACUUGUUUGGUAGUUAGUAACCUAUGCUUGUUUGUGAUGUAUGUUGGUUUUAAUUACAAUACAGUGACUAAUAUGCCUAAUAUGAGUGUGAAUGUUCAACUUUGUUGUUUGUAUACAGUACACACAUACCUUGAAAUGAAAGCUAAUAAAAGUCUUUACCUCAAUCUUCUAA